AUUUAGUUUACUGUUAUAUAUCCUAUGAUUUCAGUUAUGUUAGGUGACAUUCUUGUUUUAUUAUCGAUCAAUAAGGACUAAAGCAGCCCCACACGGCCACACUAUUCCUCCCUCCUGAGCACUUAUAUACUUUCUGCCUCAGCUUUUUCCUCCAAAUUGAUUCAAAGAGCCAAAAUACAAGGGGAAAAUAGUGUUUCUCAUAUUUUAGACUCCACCAAGAAAGAUGAAGAGUUUAGAAUUAUUACCACUUCUUUUAAUCAUUUCAAUUCAGCAAAGCUGCUUGUGGGCUUCAGGGAAAGCUGAUGGGGAUGGGUUCAUAAGAACAAAUGGAAUCCAUUUCAGUGAGAAUGGGUACCCUUUCUAUGCCAAUGGAUUCAAUGCUUACUGGUUGAUGUAUGUGGGGUCUGACCUUUCCCAGAGGUACAAAGUUUCAGAUGCCUAUAAAACUGCAUCUUCUCAUGGCCUCACUGUUGCUAGAACUUGGGCUUUUAGUGAUGGUGGUGCUUAUAGGCCUCUUCAGUACUCUCCUGGUUCUUACAAUGAAGAUAUGUUCAAGGGGUUAGAUUUUGUGAUAGCGGAGGCAAGAAAGUAUGGGAUUAAAUUGAUAUUAAGCUUAGCAAACAAUUAUGAUAGCUUUGGAGGAAAGAAACAAUACGUGGCAUGGGCCAGACGUGAAGGGCAGUCCCUCUCAUCAGAUGAUGAUUUUUUCAGGAAUCCAGUUGUUAAGGGCUACUACAAGAACCACAUAAAGACUGUGCUUAACAGAGUCAACACGUUGACUGGAGUUGUGUAUAAAAAUGAUGCGACUAUCAUGGCUUGGGAGUUGAUGAAUGAGCCUAGAUGCACCUCUGAUCCAUCAGGAAAUACCAUUCAGGCCUGGAUAAGGGAGAUGGCUUGUUAUGUGAAGUCCAUAGACAAAAACCACAUGCUAGAAGCUGGGCUGGAAGGGUUUUAUGGCCAAACAACACCUCAGAGGACUCAUCUCAAUGCCUUCAACAUAGGAACAGAUUUCAUUGCAAACAAUCAAAUUUCAGCUAUUGAUUUUGCCACCGCCCACUCCUAUCCUGAUCAAUGGCUUCCGAAGACAAAUGAUGAAAGCCAGCUAACAUUCCUCACCAAUUGGCUUAAUGCCCACAUCGAAGACUCUCAGAACAUCCUCAAGAAGCCAUUGCUCAUCGCCGAGUUCGGGAAAUCUUGGAAGGACCCCGGCUUCACCCCCUACCAGAGGGAUGCCCUCUUCAGGGCUGUCUACUACUCCAUAUACUCCUCCGCCGAGCGCGGCGGUGCUGCCGCCGGAAGUCUGUUCUGGCAACUUUUGGCUGACGGGAUGGAAAAUUUCCGCGAUGGGUAUGAGAUUGUAUUGAGCCAGAGCACUUCCACUACAAAUCUGAUAUCUCAGCAGGGCCACAAGCUUUCCCAGAUUCAUAGGAUUUUCGCCAGAAUGGCGAGUCUUGAUAAGUUGAAGAGAGCCAACAGGGCAAAGCGAAUUGGGAAUUGAGAAAAAACAGAAAGAAGAAAUAAAUUAUACGUGUAUCAAAAUGUAAUACGGACUACCGAGUGUUUCAAACAAAAAAAUCCACUUUUGAUCUCAUUAUUAUGUCACUUUCACAUUUUUUCCUUAGACUUUUGAUUUAAUCAUAUUUAGUCCGUGACAUUUUCCCUUUCACCACCCGUCGUUUUUCCGACCACAACUCCGGCACAUUGUAACCAGAAAUGCAUUUACAGAUAUAUUUUAGGGGCAUUUUAGUACAUGUAUGUUGUUAAAACGGCUACCUUAUAAAUUAACUUGACUUAAUGUGUAGUCAAUACGUCAGUCUCAUUAAUAUGUGGUUGAGAGGGAGAAGAGUUCGGUUGUCAAGGGAGACCGACAUAUUAACUACGCAUUAAGUCAAGUUAAUUUAUAAGGUACCCCCUUUAAUAACAUAUAUUUACUAAAAUGCCCUAAAUAUUUCUCCGUAAAUGGCUUUCCAGUUAAAAUGUGUUGGAGUUGCGGUUGGAAGGACGAAGAAUGGUGAAGGGAAAAAGGUCACGGACUAAAUGUGGUUAAAUCGAAACUCAAGGGAUAAAUGUGGAAGUGGCAUAAUAGUCAUGAGACCAAAAGUGGAAUUUUUCGUGUUUUAAAUGUUGAAAUGUUAUUACACUUUUUAUUUAUCAUCACUUAUUACACAUAGGUACUAAUCGAGCGAGUCGAGCUCGACUUUGGCUUAAAUAGAAUUAGACUUGAUAAAUAAAAAACAAGAUUGAGUUCGAGUUCGAGACGAGUUUCAAUCUAGUCAAAAAGAAUUAUGGCUUGGUUCGAGUUGAGUCUGUGCUUGAAUUGUAUUCGAGUUUUAUAUAUUCUAAAAUUGAUAUAUUUCUA